AUGGUUUCUGAUGAAUUCAGCUUCCCAACGAUCACCGAACCAAUCCCUCGCUUCGCGGAUUCGCCAUCUUUAUGGAAUGUUUCUUAUGAAGUAUUCUCUGAUCAUGAUUCUUCUUAUGGGAUCACUACAAGAGAUCAAAGAGAAGAAGAAGAGUACCAUAGAAGAAAGAGCUUCCCCAUGGCAAUAAAUAGAGAGAAGAUGAAAUCAGCAAAGGAUGGUGGUAUUAGUAAAGAAGAUGAAGAGAGAAUGGAUAUGUUAUGGGAGAACUUCAACGACGAGAUACGGCGGAUUUCUUCAUUGGAUAAGAGCAAAGAAGAUAGGAGAUUACGAAGAAAAGGCGGUGGCGAUUCGGGUGUGGAUGGUGAUCAGGAAGCUGAAUUGUAUUGUGUGAAGGCAUGGAAGAUGACCAAAACAAGCAGUAGUGCAAUUUUUUCUCCUAGGAAACCAAGUUUGUUUAGUAUGGUGAAGGUUGUGAAGAAGAUGUUAUUGCUUCACAAUUCUCACUGUCCCAAGAAGAGUAGUACUACUUCGUGA